AUGGUGGCCAAGGUGUUCAAGCAGGUCCUUGGCCGCAACCUCCAGGCCUACGUCGACGACAUGAUCGUCAAGAGCACCGACGCCGACCUCCACACGGACGACCUUACCGAGGUAUUUUCGGUUAUGCAACGCUUCAAUUUACGGUUGAACCCCAAGAAGUGUACCUUCGGGGUACAUGGGGGGAAAUUUUUGGGGUACAUGGUCUCGAAGAGGGGCAUUGAGCCCAACCCCGACAAGGUUAAGGCCAUCCUGGACAUGGAACCUCCGAGGUCCCUCUGGGAGGUCCAGUGCCUCAACGGCCGGUUGCCAGCCCUGGGCCGUUUCCUUUCGAGGUCGGCCGAGAAAUCGUUGCCGUUCUUUGGAGUCCUCAAAAAGAUGAAGGGCUUCGAGUGGUCCGAAGAGUGCCAGAAGGCGUUCGAGGACCUCAAGACGUACCUGAUGUCACUCCUCCCCCUGGCCAAAUCCGUUAAGGGGGAGGUCCUCACAAAUCAGCCACUAGACGAGGUGCUGAGGGCCUCAGGGUCGGCCAGCAGGUUGGUCAGGUGGGCCAUGCGGCUGAGCCUGUUCGACAUCCAAUUCAAGCCCAUACCCGCCAUCAAGGGGCAGGCACUUGCUGACUUCAUAGUCGAGUGUAUCGCCCGGGGGGCCACGGAACGGGUCCGGGAUGAAGACGAGGAGUGGUGGACCCUCUCAACGGACGGGUCCUCCAGCGCCAAAAGCUGCGGGGGUGGAGUCGUACUCAUAACCCCGGAGGGGUUCCGGGCCUACUACGCCCUCCGCUUCGCGUUCAAGCUAUCCAACAACGAAGCUGAGUAUGAGGCGCUCCUAGGGGGGCUCCGCCUCGCGCUAAAUAUGAGGGUGGAAAAGCUCAAAAUCCGGUGUGACUCCAAGCUCGUCGUGGGACAGGUCACAGGUGAGUUCGAGGCAAGUGAUGACAGAAUGAGGAGGUACCGGGACGUGGUGCUCCAACUACUGGGGCAGCUGAUCAAUUACGAGAUCCUACAGGUGCCUCUGGACCAGAACACAGACGCUGACAUGUUAUCCAAGCUCGCCCAAGGGGCCCCGGAACAUAUUUCAAAAAUAGCUCGGAUUGAGGAUUUCAAGAGGUUGAGCCUAGACGCAUACCCGGUCCUACCUGUGCAAGCCCGACCUCCCUGCUGGUUGGACCAUCUCAAUGAGUACAAGAAAACUGGUGCGCUACUUCCCGACGAGGUCGACGCCAAGCUGGUGAAACGACGAGCCCCUACGUACGUGAUCAUAGGGGACACACUUUACAAGAGGUCCUACAACGGCGCCUUGCUGCGCUGCCUAUACCCAGACGAGGCCAGGGCUGUCAUGGAGGAAAUCCACGAGGGGACCUGCUCCGCCCACCAGGGGGCCUUCGCCAUGUCCCGGAGGGCCAUCUUACAGGGGUACUUUUGGCCCAAAAUGGCCAAGGAGUGCGCCGACUACGCCAGGAGUUGCGAAACCUGCCAGCACUUCCAGGUCACCCCCGGCCGACCUGCCACGAGCUACACCCCCUCAGCUCGGUCAUCCCCUUCUCCAGGUGGGGAGUGGACCUAG